UGCAAGUCAUGGUGGGCCACUCAAACGGGAAAGAACAUCAUUCCCCAACGCUCAACUAAAUACGUUUAAGUUCUGGAUAGUUAUAGAGGAUUAUAGCAUGAGAGGCCAGUUCCUAAGAUUUUCAGACUACCGCUUGCCAAAAUCUUCACUCGUGGCAAAAAACAUUGCAAGGAGAAGGACUUCUCGAGUGGGCAGUGUGAAACAGCUUUAUUUUUGACUUUACCUGUACACUGUCUGCCUUUCAUCAGUUGAUGCUAAAACAAAAGAAAGUACCUCCAUACUUUCCAUGGAUAUCGGCAUUCUGUCCAGCAUCCUAAGGAAGUGAAGAGGCUUUUUUGUUUUUCCUCCUUCCUUUCAAGUGUCAUUUUCUUUUUCUUUUUUUCACUCAUGAUUUGACAGAGGGACACUGCUGUAGAAAUUUUUCCUGUUUCGACCCUUGUUUUUUUUUUUUUUUUUUAACUUUCUUUUUGGCCCUUUGGCAAAGAAAUGCUUUACCUGAAAAAGUACUUCACAGAGGGCCUCAUUCAGUUCACCAUCCUGCUGAGUCUGAUUGGGGUGCGUGUGGAUGUGGACACCUACCUGAGCUCCCAGCUGCCCCCACUGCGCGAGAUUAUCCUGGGCCCCAGCUCGGCCUACACGCAGACACAGUUCCACAACCUGCGCAACACGCUGGACGGCUAUGGCAUACACCCUAAGAGCGUGGACCUGGACUACUUCUUCGCCUCUCGCCGGCUGCUGAGCCAGGUGCGCUCGCUGGACCGCCUGCACGUGCCCAGCACUGAGCUGAGCGCUUGGCUGGUGCACCGUGACCCUGAGGGCGUGGCGGUGUCAGCCGCCGGCCAGUCCAGCCCCGGGGGUGUCGACCUGGACGAUGGUGGCGGCCUGGACAACGUGAGCGGCCCCGAGGGCUCGGCCAUGAGGGGUGGUGCGCCCGAGUCCGGCUACGCCACGAGCGGGGAGGAGAGCCUCGGUGCCGUAGCCCUCCAGGGUGACGGGGACGGACACAGCAACGGCAACGAUGACCUCACUAAAGAGGACAUCGACUUGAUUGACAUCCUGUGGCGCCAGGACAUCGACCUGGGCGCGGGCCGGGAGGUGUUCAACUACAGCAGCCGGCAGAAGGAAAGCGAGGCAGAGAAGCGCUCCCCGGAGGGGACCGAGGAGGACGAGGGCUGGAGGAACAGCCUUAAUGUGCAGGCGGGGCCAGCCCAUGGCCAGGUGGACGGGGAGACUGGCGAGAGCAUACCUGAAGAGUUGAGCCUUGGAGCCCAGUCCUCACUGUCCCUGCAGGAGUGCCUGAGGCUGCUGGAGGCCACCUUCCCCUUUGGAGAGGAGCCUGAGUUCCCAGGCACAGUGGCCCUGGAGCUGAGGGAACCCAGUGAGGACGGCCCAUCCACCUCGCAGGGGUUGCCACUUCUGCCCCAGACCGAGCCCUCCUUGGACCUGGAGCAGCAGUGGCAGGACAUUAUGGCCAUCAUGGAGCUGCAGGACAUGGAUGUGAACAGUACAGCAGACGGCUCCUUCCUCAGCAGUAACUCUGACAGCAGCGACAGCAGCAGUGGGUUGGAGCUGGAACCCCUGAGCUUUGGGCUGUCCAGCCCCACCCCCAUCAACCAGGAUGUGAGCCUUCAUCAGGCCUCCCUGCCCAGCUGCAGCCAGGACUUCCCUGUCUUUUUCAGCCCCGAGCUGGACACUCCGAGGCCCCACCGGCCUACCCUGCUCAGCCUCUCCUCCAGCAACUCAUCCAACGCCAACUCCACUUUCGGGGCCACCAACCUGACGGGCCUCUUCCUCCCAGCGUCGCUCAACGGGACCAGCAACAUCAGUGCCCCGACCGUACUGCCCGACCCACUGAAUAGCCUGCUGGAGGAGGCCAUGCUGGACGAGAUCAGUCUGCUGGACCUGGCGAUGGAGGAGGGCUUCAGCCAGGCCCAGGCCUCGCAGCUGGAGGACGAGCUGGACUCGGACUCGGGUCUCUCCCUGGACUCCAGCCGCAGCCCCGCAUCCCCGAGCAGCUCGGAGACCUCAUGCUCAUCAGCUGCCUCCUCCUCCUCCACCUCAGCCACUUUCUCAGAGGAGGGUGCCGUGGGCUACAGCACUGACUCGGAGCCAGCGGGGGAGCUGGAGGAGGGCGCUGUCGGGGGCUGCCAGCCGGAGCACGGCAAGUUCUGCCGCAUGAGCUACCAGGACCCGUCCCAGUUCCACCGGCUUCCCCAGCUGGAGCACGUCGGCCACAACCACACCUACAACCUCCCGCCGUCGUCCUCCCCAUUGCGCGUGGAGCGCCCCCUGUCUCCCGGAGGGGGGAAGUGGCCGGGUCAUGAGUCGAAGCCCCCGGCCCCGUCCCAGCACGACCUCCUGGACAAGCAGUCGAGCCGUGACGAGCGGCGCGCGCGCGCCAUGAAGAUCCCCUUCUCCAACGAGCGCAUUGUCAACCUGCCCGUGGAGGAGUUCAACGAGCUCCUCGCCAAGCACCACCUGAGCGAGGCGCAGCUGGCGCUCGUCCGCGACAUCCGCCGGCGCGGCAAGAACAAGAUGGCGGCGCAGAACUGCCGCAAGCGCAAGCUGGACACCAUCGUCAACCUGGAGCAGGGCGUGGACAGCCUGCGGCGGGACAAGGCGCGGCUGCUGAAGGAGAAGGGGGAGUUCCUGCGCUCCAUCCGCCAGAUGAAGCAGAAGGUGCACAGCCUGUACCAGGAGGUGUUCUCCCAGCUCCGCGAUGAGCACGGCCGGCCCUACCCGGCCAGCGAGUACGCGCUGCAGUACAGCAGCGACGGCAGCGUCCUGGUCAUGCCGCGGCGCCUGGCCGCCGAGCAGAGCCGCAAGCCCGACAAGAAGCCGAAGGACAAGAAGAAGUGAAGUGGGGAAACGCACCACUUUAGCUUUCCUUUCAUUUGCAAUGAAAAAAUGACAACUUUACAGAGGCAAGCAAAGCGUUUAUGUUUUCUUUGACGUGACUCUGGUCAAUAAAAAGAAAGCGAGGGAUUUAUCUAUUCUUCCUGCUUUAGUUUUUCUUCCUUUUCUUUUUUUUCAGUUCGGGUGUCUUCCAAAUGGGGAGAACUACUAAGAAGCACAAGUGCUUUUUUUAUUGGGUCUGAUUUCUUUUGUCGAUUUUUUUUUUUUUUUGAUGCGGGGAAUGGAAGGAUUACGAGGAUGAAGGUAGUGAGAACAUUGUUUUUUUUUUUAUUUGUGGAACUGACCGUGUGAAAACGAAUCUCUCCUGGAACCAGAAGUAGCCAGCCAGCAGGCUAGGAGGAGGAAGGGACUGGCCCAGGGUACUGGUUGUGGACCUCUGCUGCGUCUGCAUGGGACAAGCUACUGCAAUGCAGGCACAUUGUAAAUCAGCGUUGAAGGGCUGUUGAUAUCACUCGGUGGCCAGUUGUCAGUGAUGUCCCAGUAUCAUUGUGACCCCUGCGGUAAAUGGAAUUGAUGUCCCCCACACCAGUGGCAUGCCAAGUGUAGGCCUUGAGAUCCAAUGUUGUGGUUUCAUAAGCUUGGUCGGCAUCAUUUGGUUUUCAGAUGGCACAAGACCAUUUUUUCUCUGAUACGGCCAAUACUUACCAAAGGUUGUGUGCUGUACUUUUUUUUUCUUUAACCCAGGACAAACUUGAAUUGUAUUAGCAGGACUGCACUCGUUCCAGACAUGUUUUUGUACUUGUUGACAGGCAAGGACACUAAGCUGGGAGCUCCAGUGCUUUCUGGACUUGAGGAGCUCCAAGGCUGUUUCAGAUUGGAGCAGGGAAACAGGAACAGGAAAGUGAGGUGAUGUUUGGACAGCUCGGACUGGACGUGGAGGCUGGACUUUGGAGGAUGGUUUUAAAAGGAGAUAGAAGUGGAAUGAGGAAGCCCAUGCCAUGUUAGCAGUGCGCAAUAGCUUUUGUAUACCCAUAUAUGGCACUGUGGGUAUCUAUAAAUGACUUGGCUGUACAGCAUGCACCUUGCUCUAGCUCUCUGAAGACACGUACUUUACCAUCACAUCGCUGCUAAUCUCAGCAACAGCUGCGUUUGCGAUGUCAUUGCACCCAUUUCGAGAGUGGACUCUGUCUUGCACUCUCUCUCACACACAUGCACACACACACACACACACACACACACAUACACACACAUCAAAUUGAGGUCAAUAACUGGUCAAGCUGGGCUGUAGAUCAGUUUGGCUUUCCCCACGGGAUGCCCUUUUGGCUUUGGGAUUGUCAGGAGUCGGAUGGUGGAGCUCCUGCUUUGGUUCCGCUUGUCAGUGUAUUACAUUCAUUUGUCCCUCUGUGUCCAUCUGAGUCUUGUCCCACCAUGUUGUCUUGCCAGUCACAGAGCUGUGACUUUGUGACAGUAACCCCCUCCCAGGUCUGAGGAGACUCCUGCCACCUGCAUGUCGUUCGUCGCCAGCUUUUGGGGCAUGGAGCCCUGUGCCUUACGCCAUCGUAGUGCCCGUGCCCCUCUGCAGUGAAUCUAUGCACUGUCAAACCCACACUCCCCACCUUGUCCGUUAUUUAGCCAGAACCGUAAUGUUGCAUUGAUGCAUUAAAGCAGCGAGGUUUGUGUAGCCACAGCGGGCUUUGCUUGCUUUGGUUACAAUGCUGUACAAAGAGAUGAACACAAAGUGAUGAAAAAAUGCUCAGAAUUCUUGCCAUUCAAAUGUGUCCUGACCAGCCUCAGUGUUACGGGUAGAAUUGCCCAGCUGUGAGGUAUCCAAGAGACUACUGUGAACCGCAGUAUCUUUGGAAGCACUAGCCCAAGCAACGUGUCAACAUCAUUUGAGAAAGUUGUAAUCUGUAUCUGCUAAUUGCCAUGAACAGUGGACUUUUUAUUCACAAGUGAACUAAAUAAAUUGGUGGCUUACAGUAUGUUUGAAAGUAUAAAUUUUUGUCUUGAGAUUAAAUUCAUUCAGAAGAACUGAACCGAUUCUGUGCUAUCAGUGAAGUGACAGUAGCUUACAUUCUGAAAGCCCAGUGUUUUCAGUGUAUUUAAUGCUGCAUAGCACUCCUCAUCUGGAAGAUUUUAAGAACUGGAAAUGUGUAGGCUUCAAAUUGAUGCAAGCAUUGCACACUUUCAGUACAGUACACCCUGUGUCACCAGUUGUCAGUUAUUGCCAACAGACCCACAAGAUGUAAUGUGUGGUAGCAGGAACAGAAUUUGGUGUGUUGGUCUAGAGCUGCCGGGCUCCAAGUCUUCAGUGUCUGUGACCAACAGGUGCCUAAAGGGGGGCUUACUUCUGACUUUGCAAUGAGUGAUGGGCAGGCCCUCCUUUGAUGUGUCGGCUACCAGGGGAAGGGCCUAGGCUAGACAGAGAAGACUGUUCCCUUUACCCCAAGCUUGCUUCUACUCUGCUGCCACCUAAGCCCAAUGGCGAAGAUAUUUGCUGUCAAAAGCGCUUUGCUGGAAACACUGCAGGAGCAUCUGCUCUUAGUCGUGCUGUUAGAAGGACACUACAUUAUCUUGCAUUCCACUGAAAUGACAUCUGUAGGUUUAGGUUUAGGCUGGAUAGCUUGUUGAGAUAGGUGCAAGCAAAUCGAAUAGCAGUGCUGUCUAACUGUUUGUGAAGCUAUAGAUCUGCUCUUGGUGUGUGGACUAGAGCUUCUUAUCAUUGUACUGAAGAGGUUGCAAUGUCAUGCUUGCUUAUUUUUUUCUCGAAAAAGGAAAAACAAAACGGUCUGAACAGCAGAUUUAGUUUUAGUACUGAAAUGAUUGAAUCUGCUUUUUACUGCAUCUUCACCCAUGAUCACCUCAUUUCUGUUUUUACUGUCCUCAUCACUG